AUGAGGUUGUGGCGCGAGAGGGCGCGGUGCGAGGCCGUGGUGGCAGAGCUAGAGGCCGUGGAGGCCGGGGCCGAGAUUGUGGACUUCGGCGGAUUCGGGAGAGAGUGUGGUGCCGAGUGUGGCGACUGCGUCGGUGACCCAGUCGGUAUCCGUGGCGAUUAUUGGCUCGUUUUCCGCCAGUGGUUCCACAGGGGCUCCGGGAGUACCUCCAGUGGCAGAGGUGCAGCAGAGGGCUGCGGGAUUUGUUCAGCCGCAGGCUGUGGGUUUGAUGGUGCCGCCUAUUUGGAUAUGAUGGGGCACAUGCAGAGGAUUGGUACGCCGUACUUUGAGGGCGGAGUUAGAGGCGGCAGAUGA